CUCUAAAAGAGUUUGGAAUGCGUGGAAUUAGGGAGUAAAGUUACUUUCUUGCAAAGCAUACAAAUUAUUUUUAAUCAGAGUGUGCAUUGUAGAAUUUUCUAUACAUAUUUUGUGUGAAAAAACUAAUAUUAGUUUGAGGUGAAUGCAAUUGUUUUAAUAAGACUACUUCAAUGCAGCAUAUAUCGGUUCAAUAGCGGAGCCGCCAGGGACAGAUAUCAUACCCUCUCUGGCGGAUCGGCCGGUGUUAACUUUUAACAUCUUAAAAGAAAAUUUGAUUUCUCCAGCACUCUCGCAACAGGUAUCAUAUUUAACUUCCAAUAUGAAUGAAUUAGACAGUCUUCGCCAAGAAGCUGAAACCCUUAAGAAUACCAUUCGGGAUGCAAGAAAAGCUGCCUGUGACACAACAUUGGUGCAAGCCACUGCUAAUAUGGAACCUGUAGGCAGGAUUCAAAUGCGCACACGGCGCACACUUCGUGGCCACUUGGCAAAAAUAUAUGCCAUGCAUUGGGGAUCUGAUUCACGUUACCUUGUAUCAGCAUCACAGGAUGGUAAACUUAUUGUUUGGGAUGCUUAUACAACAAAUAAGGUUCAUGCUAUUCCUUUGCGUUCAAGUUGGGUCAUGACCUGUGCCUAUGCUCCAUCAGGUAGUUAUGUGGCUUGUGGAGGUCUUGAUAAUAUAUGCUCUAUAUAUAGUCUUAAGACCCGUGAGGGUAAUGUACGUGUCAGCCGAGAACUCCCUGGACACACCGGUUAUUUGUCGUGUUGUCGAUUCUUAGAUGAUAACCAAAUAGUUACAAGCUCUGGUGAUAUGACAUGUGCUCUCUGGGAUAUAGAAACUGGUCAACAGUGUACUUCAUUUACUGGUCAUACUGGUGAUGUGAUGUCUCUUUCCUUAUCACCCGAUAUGCGAACUUUUGUGUCAGGUGCCUGUGAUGCUUCAGCAAAGCUUUGGGAUAUCAGAGAUGGAAUGUGUAAGCAGACAUUUCCAGGGCAUGAAUCUGAUAUUAAUGCUGUUACAUUUUUUCCCAAUGGAUAUGCAUUUGCAACUGGGUCAGAUGAUGCAACAUGUAGGUUAUUUGAUAUAAGAGCAGAUCAAGAAUUGGCAAUGUAUUCACAUGAUAAUAUUAUCUGUGGAAUUACAUCUGUAGCCUUCUCCAAGAGUGGGAGGUUGCUUCUUGCUGGCUAUGAUGAUUUUAAUUGUAAUGUAUGGGAUUCUAUGAAAGCUGAGCGUGCAGGAGUUCUUGCUGGUCAUGACAAUAGAGUAAGUUGUCUUGGAGUUACUGAAGAUGGCAUGGCAGUUGCCACUGGAUCCUGGGACAGCUUCCUCAAAAUAUGGAAUUGAUGCUGAAAACAAAACAUAUUUCUUGGACCAGUUAUUUGUUGUUUACACAUGAACACAGUAGUGUUGCUUCCUGGCCUUCUUUUGUAACUUUACAUCUAGCACAUCUUGGGCCUAAAUCUGUGUUGUGAAGAAUUUUCCAUUCGUAUGUGUGAUUUGGCGUUCAUAUUCAGACGUGCAUGUUUAUAUCUAUAUCUGUGAGUGAAUGAUCUAAAACAGCAACAAAUAAAAUUUCUCUAUGGGAGGCCCUUUUUAAUUUUCCUCAUGCUGAAUUUACAGCUCUGUCUAGUCAUACUCUGUUGCAAACUGCCUGAAGCACAGUGGCUGAGUGCACGGUGCUUAUUGUCUUUUGCUUGCAUAGUAUUCACUUGACAGUCAUAUAACUUAUUGCCUAAAUAUGCUGUACAUUAACUGUAGUUGAUUAGGAAAUAAAAAUUCUGCAUCUGGAUUUACUCUUUCCCAUAUUAAGAAUUUUAAAGUAAUGGGUAAUGUGUUGGCUGAUCGGAAGGAUCAGUUAUUAGAGCCCCGACUGGUCCUUUGUUCACCUAACACACAAGUGUCCUUCAGGGAAAGACUGAAUCUAUGUGUAGGAUGCAUGUCUUUUUAAUUUUGGGAUUGGAGUUCAAUUGGGAAUAUAGACAUGCAUCAUUUAUGUCAAAUUUUAUUCCAGGCUUUAAAUGAAUGUAUUGUAUUCUUAUUUGUGAAACCAAUUAUGUUUCUAAGUGCUAGAUGUGGAUUCCAUUUGUAAAUAAUGUGAAUUCGUUAUUUGUGGUCUUAAUCACACGAAUAAUCUAGAUCUUGACUAUUUAACUUGAAAGUUGUUGCCUGAUAUUAAAAGGCAGAUCCCUACAGCACAGUUUCACUUCUCUUGGGACCAUUAAGAUGAUGUGGAACUCGCCCAAUUAAACACUGCUGAAGUAAAAUCCAAGUUGGACUUCAACUUGCAGACCGCGAUGUCUGUAACUGCCAAUGCAGUGGUAAGAAAGUUUACAUAUUGAGCUAGACAAACAAGAUAUGGUUAUACAAGGAACUUUUAGAUGCUUCAAUGAUGUAAAAGUUAAUCUUUUACAUACCUACUAUUUAUAGUCUGGCUCUGAAUGCUUUUAUGUUAACUUUUAUUAUCGAAGCAUAGUGACAGUGUCAUUUGCAAACAUGAAAAAUCACCUGAAGCAGUUUUUGCAAAUCCCAAAGUAGUAGUUUUGUAAUAUUAACUAUAAAAACACUCUCAAAUACAUCUAACAAGGUGAAUGUAUAACUCUGUUGACUCUGGCCUCCAUGAUCAGGAGUGAAGAGGAAAUUUUUUUCAAGAUAAAAAAAAAACUGCAGAUCUUGCGAAUUUCAUAAAGAAAGGCUCUGUGCCAUAGGUCUUGAGCCUGCCAUUCUUCGGUAUAGUUAAACUUUGAUCACAGCCUUAAUCUUAUUUACUAUACUUUUGGUACAUAUGUAAUUUCCAUUGUGACUGCACUUUUCAAGAAAUCAACCACAAUAUGAUGGUGUUACUUUCCUGGCUGCUCUUAUUAUAAAAAUAAAAAUUAUCUAUCUGCUUUUUUUUCUUAAUAAUGGGAAAGGAACUACUUUGUAGGCUCCUGUGUUCAUUCAUAUAAGUAGAUGUAGUAAAACUGUAGCAGCCAUUGUCAGUUUUAAGUUUUACUUAAUUGUUUUGUUCUUGUUGUUGCUCCCAUUAGCCAGUUAGCAAAUAGCUCAGAGCAUGCAAAUUCUUGUGUGUAUAGUAUAAAUCCCCCUGGUGUCAUUUUGAAGCUCUCGAUGAGAGCAGCCCUCAGAAACACUGUUCUCUAAUAUCGGAAACUGUAUUUCCUUAUUCAUGCAUAUUGGAAUCUUCCUCUGUACAAAUGAGCUGUGCAUGUCAGCUUUAUUUUAUUUUCGCCAUUGUCAGUGUGAGAGUCAAAUUUGAGUCUAGUUGUGUUUUGUCAGUUACAAAAUCGUAUGUAAUUUAAAUUGGUGAAUAAAGCUGUUUAUCUUUA